GCGAGAUUCCUUUAGUAUUUUCAGGGAAGCACCUCGGUCCUCAAGAUGACUGGCAUGAACACCUCCGUCUCUGCAGGUUGGUACAGCUUCACCAACCUGGGCCCUAUCACGACCACCUUCACGCCAGCGCCAGCCUGCACGGCCUCGAAUCAGGUCUCGAUCGGCUACGUGGAUAAUUUUUUCACUGGCGUCAAUGUCUACGCCGCGUACGGUGUCCAAUGCACGUCUACCGUCGACUAUUUCGACUGCAUCCCCACCAUGACACCAGAGCCAACAUCCACCACCGCUGUCCCGGACGACGACAUCAUCUGGGUUGACUAUGGCGUCUACUACUCGCCCGGUCUCUACUGUCCCAAGGGUUGGAAGACGGUCGGCAUGGCCGGACGCGACGCAAGCAGCGUCCUGACCUCAUCGGGAGUUCUGGCCCCGACGGCCACAAGGUCGAGCAGAACUCGGGCUGCCACUCCGACGCCGUACGGCGAUGACUACUAUGAUUACUACUACGAUGAAUACAACUUGGACCCGGCAUCCGUCAUGAAGAGCAUGCUUGAGCCGAAACAGACGAUGGCGCUGUGUUGUCCUGACUUCAUGACCGUCGAUUCCAACGGCGCCUGCUACUCGAUUGUGUCUAGCUACACCGCGACAACAGGCUGCCAUGUAGUAACAGGGUUCAACUACGAGUACAGCGAGACGACAACCACAUACACGAUGACAUACACAUACAGCGACGACGAGGGAAGCGAGACUGAUGUGAUCACCCGCGUCGGCACCUACGAUGUCCCCACUGCAACUGAGACAACUGUCCGCACGUACACGACAAACCUAGACGGCGAGGAAAAGGAGUCGAUGACGGCGAUGUAUAUAAUGCCGGUUGUCACUCUCUUGUAUCAUGAGAGUGAUCUUGAGAAUGCGGCAAAGGAGACGGCGGCGGCCAAAGCCAAGGCUGAGGCUGAGGCUAGCGAGACGGCGACCAAUGCUGCCAACAGCCUGAUCGGGAGGAACGGGAAUUCUGUGUGGGAGGGUGUUGGCUCGGUGGUUGGGAUCUGGAUGGUAGCUAUGGCCUUGGGAGGCGCGUUGGUACUGCCGUGGUAAUUUUCUUGGUCUUGUAAGAUACUUCUGCAUUAUUGUUGUGCGGUUUAUGAUA